AUGGCCCGCCUUGCCAAUGCUGCACCAAAUAUGUAUACAGAAGACAUUGAUCCCAGCUCGAGCCAGCUGAUCGGCUUGUACAUAAAGACAUCUCGGCCCGCAUCUAGCAGCCCAGCAGUACGUACACCCACGUUGCCUACUCCGACCAAAGGCAACGACACUACCGUCUCUGAAAUCAUCGGCAGCCUUGCAAAGCAUUUGACGUUUCCAUCAGAUACUUGUUCAGCGACAAUGGACACGACCAGUGAUCAGAUCUUGCAUAUGUCGCUUUCAGAUUUGGAGCAGAUGCGAAGUCGUGUAACCCAACUAGAGUCUUGCGUCCGAGGACUGCUGAAGAGGGUGUACGGUGAGCAGUCUCUGGGUCAGAACCUGGCCUGGCUAUACCAUACCGACCUCAUCUCGGAUUCAAUGGACGACUCAGAGGAUGGGCGAUCGACACUGUACUACAGAUAUCGAAGGCUGAUGGAGAUUGCCCGUCAGCCAGUGAUACCGGGUCUCCUUCCAACACACGACGGUACAUCUUUGCUGCAGGAGUAUGGCACACAAUUGAUGAUGCUGGAGUCGGAUCAGAGUGAGGUAUUGUCGAUAGCAGGAAAUUCGGACUUCGCGUUGCUGCGGUCCCGGCCAGGGAGCGGAAGCAGUAAUCGUCACGCCCCAUUCAAGAUCGACAAAACCUCUAAUCGGCCGUAUCGAUAUCACAUCAGUCCGUUUGAUGCCGAGCCGCGUUCGCCACGCUCUCCCGUAUCGCCUGUUGAGUGCAACGCCACCUUAAUGGAGUAUCAGAAGCAGCUCGGCUUACUGGAAACGGAGAACCGAAGGCGUCUAGGCGAGUCCGACAUCUUUGAGUACAACAACUUGAGCUAUGAUGAGCAACUUGCCGUUCUCAAAGCCAGGAACGAGAAGCGUCUUCGAUUGAAGAAUUCGAAACAUACGGCCGAGAGAACAGCACCCCCCAAGGAAGAGCGUGUCGCGAUGAGCGCCAAGAACAGCUCCAGCUCCUUGAGAUCAGAUCGCUCCGUCAUGCUGAAUGCCUUGCCUCUUGGCACCUUAGGCAUUCGUCCGGACAAGGAGCGGUCGCCGCAGGGUCGAAUAUCAAUCAAAGGCCAUUAA